UUUGCUUAAACUUAAAAGCAUAUGAGAUGUGUUCGGAAGUUAGUAACAACUAUGAAUGUUGCUCAUUUUUCUCCUUUAUGGGUACAUUAGUCAACAAUGUUGAGGAUGUAAAGGAGCUUAAGUCAGCUGGUGUUUUUCGAAACUUUCUUGGAAGUGAUGAAGAUUUGGCAGAGCUCUUCCAUGAAUUAGGUGAUGAUUUGCCGACAAAUAUGUAUUUCCCUAGUCUUUAUACAGCUGCAGUGGCCGAUAGCAAGAAAUAUGUUCUCAUCAAGCGUCAAAUUGAAAAACAUUACAGAAAUAAAUGGAAGACAUGGUUGGCUCAAGCAUACCAUACUUAUUUUGAUACACCAGGGACUACGAUUUCCUUCUUAGCUGCAUCAUUAGCAUUGCUUCUUACUUUCAUCCAAACUUGGUGUUCCCUAGAAUGUAAUUAAAAAAUCAUCAUUUCAAUUAUAUAAUUAUGUUUGUAAAUAAAAUUGAGGUUAUUGUAUGACUUGCUCAGGAUAGUAGUUUUGUAACAUAUAUUGAAAAACAAGUUUCUUUAAUAA